GAGCGCCGCCCUCCUUUUCACUUUGGCACGGCCUCCCCGAGUCACUCUGUCGAACAAAUAGUUGUGCAGGUCGUAUUUACAUUGGGUAAUAUCAUUUGUCUUACUUGACUCUCAUUCAACUUAACUGUUCAAAGUAUUCAUCACGCAGCACAGUCUAAAAUGGGUUCUCAAGGUUACGUUGGAAAGGAUUCGAAAUUGUUUGAGCCGCUCGCGAUUGCAAAUGGGAAAAUCACUCUCAAGCAUCGAGUCGUCCUGGCCCCCUUGACGAGGAACCGUGGUACGCCUCUUCAUACUUCGACGCCUGAGAAUCCAAAUCGCAUCUGGGUUCCCAACGAUCUCAUUGCAGAUUACUAUGCACAGCGGGCAACGGAUGGAGGGCUUCUCAUUAGUGAAGGCAUUCCACCUUCACUGGAAGGAAAUGGCAUGCCUGGGGUUCCGGGAAUCUUUUUGGAAGAGCAGGCCAAAGGGUGGAAGAAGGUUGUCGAUGCAGUUCAUGCCAAAGGCGCUUAUAUUUAUGCACAGCUUUGGCAUUCUGGCCGUGCCAACAUCCCACAGCUCACAGGAACCCCAAUUGUAGCGCCGUCGAGCAUUCCAUGGGAUGAUGCAAACGAAUAUUUCAUGUAUCCUGCGCCUGAUUCAACUCCCGUCAAGUACAGCGAUCACCUGCCACUUGAGCUAACAGUGGACCACAUUAAGAAAACCAUCAGGGACUACUGCGCUGCUGCAAAGACAGCUAUUGAGAUCGGCUUUGAUGGCGUGGAGCUCCAUGGCGGGAAUGGGUACUUGCCGGAGCAGUUCUUGAGCUCUAAUAUCAAUCAGCGAACAGACGAAUACGGUGGCACUCCUGAGAAGCGCUGCAAGUUUGUCCUUGAUCUGAUGGCUGAGCUGGCCAAGACUGUAGGAGAUGAUAACUUGGCCAUCCGACUCAGUCCAUUUGGCCUCUUUAACCAAACUCGCAGCGAGCAGCGUCUUGAGACUUGGGGCCACUUAUGCCGUGAGCUAAAGAAGAGUCAUCCCAAGCUUUCAUAUGUUAGCUUUAUCGAGCCGCGAUAUGAACAAAUCUUUUCUGAAGCUGAGAAGCAAAAGUUCCUUAAUUCAUGGGGCCUGCCUACUGUCGAUUUGUCAAUGUUCCGCGACAUCUGGGGAGAAACACCCUUCUUCUCCGCUGGCGGUUUUGACCAUACGAAUUCAUGGGGGAUUAUAGAAAGCGGAAGAUAUGAUGCUUUACUUUACGGAAGAUAUUUCAUCAGCAAUCCCGAUCUAGUGGAGAGGCUGCGGAAUGGCUGGCCACUGGCUCAGUACGAUAGGUCUCGCUUCUACGGGCCCUUUGAGGAUCCAACGAUCGGAUUCACCGACUACCCGGCCUAUACCAUGGAAAAAAGCGAUUGAUGGUUUGAAGAUGAAUGAGAAAGGAAGAUCUAUUUGAAGAUGAUAGUGUUCAAAUGUUGUUUGUUGUGGGUGUAAUAUCUCUCCCGGGUCAAUUGUUAGUAUUUAAUGGCAAUUAGGGUUCGCAAUAGACGCAGGAAUGAUCAAUCACAUGUAUACAUGCACCAUUACAAAACUGCG